AUGUGUGAGUACACACCCUGUCAUACCUUGCGCAUCUCCUACCGCGUCUCGAACCUUUUGUGCGCCGUGUUCUCUUCGACUGGCCAGCAAAAUGGAGACCGCGAAAACACAGAUCGCAGGCAGCGCGCACCGAAUAGACAUGCUGACAAUUGUAUAGCGCUCGUCUCCGGAGAGAAGUCUAAGUACGACCCCAGCUACGCAUAACCCAAGACCCACUACGUCGCCUUCGCCGCGCACACUCGUCUCCCGCCUGCGUCCAUCGGAGUCCGCCACUCGACGCAAAUCUUUCCUCGAUCUUCGACAGCAUGCUAGAAGAGGAGGAUAUGGGUAUCGAGUGCCGCGGGCAACGCACAAAGCACACAUAGUGGGAGGACUAGCAUACGUCUGGAAACGGGAGAGAUGCUUGCAACGGCGUGGCGGACUUUUCGGGCGCUUGCGCACGAAGGGCACGACCAUUGCACAUCUUGACUAUAAUGCGUGUGCUCGAACAGCAAUGCUGACUUGCCACAGCUUCCAGUACAUCAUCCGUUUGUUGAACACGAACGUCGAUGGAAAGCAGAAGGUCAUGUACGCCUUGACCAAGAUCAAGGGUGUCGGUCGCCGCUACUCCAACUUGGUCUGCAAGAAGGCCGAUGUUGAUCUGAGCAAGCGCGCUGGUGACCUCACCUCUGAGGAGCUUGAGCGUAUUGUCACCAUCAUUCAGAACCCCCUGCAGUACAAGAUCCCCACCUGGUUCCUCAACAGGCAGCGCGACAUUGUCGACGGCAAGGACUCUCAGACCCUCGCCAACGGUGUCGACUCCAAGCUCCGUGACGACCUUGAGCGCCUCAAGAAGAUCCGUGCUCACCGUGGUCUCCGUCACUACUGGGGCCUCCGUGUCCGUGGUCAGCACUCCAAGACCACUGGUCGCCGUGGCCGAACUGUCGGUGUCUCCAAGAAGAAGUAA